AGAGGCUGUGUCGGCUACUGGAUCAUAACUGCUGAGGAGAGAGCAGCACAAGGAUCCUCCCUGGCGUCAGGCAGAGCUCUUCAGGGAGGUGGGCUCUGGGAGGGCUCCGUGCCUCUGCUCAGCCGAGCUCCUGCCAGAAGCCUUAGGAGCCAGAGCAGGUGCAGAACUGCAGCUGCUGGCCAGCUCUCAGAGGGGAGCUGGACUCUUCGUGGGCUGCAGGAGCCAGGACAGCCAGGCUCAACUCCACCCGAACCAUGCCAGCCAACCUCACGGAGGGCAGCCCCGACUCCAAGGGCUCCAGCGGGACCACGCAGACCCCGGAUGCUUCCCCAGCCCUCUGCACCGAAACGGUGACUUUCACUGAAGUGGUGGAAGGGGAGGAGUGGGGCUCCUUCUACUACUCCUUUAAGACUGAACAGUUGAUAACUCUGUGGGUCCUGUUUGUUUUCACCAUUGUUGGAAACUCCAUGGUGCUGUUCUCUACGUGGAGGAGGAAGAAGAAGUCAAGAAUGACCUUUUUUGUGACUCAGCUGGCUAUCACAGACUCUUUCACAGGACUGGUUAACAUCUUGACAGAUAUCAUUUGGCGAUUCACUGGAGAUUUUAUGGCACCUGAUCUCGUUUGCCGAGUGGUCCGCUAUCUGCAGGUUGUGCUGCUCUAUGCCUCUACCUAUGUCCUGGUGUCCCUCAGCAUAGACAGAUACCAUGCCAUCGUCUACCCCAUGAAGUUCCUGCAAGGAGAAAAGCAAGCCAAGGUCCUCAUCAUGAUUGCCUGGACCCUCUCUUUCCUCUUCUCCAUUCCCACCCUGAUCAUAUUUGGAAAAAGGAAACUCUCUAAUGGUGAAGUGCAGUGCUGGGCACUGUGGCCUGACGACUCCUACUGGACCCCAUACAUGACCAUCGUGGCCUUCCUGGUGUAUUUCAUCCCUCUGACAAUCAUCAGUGUCAUCUAUGCCAUUGUGAUCAGAACCAUUUGGAUUAAGAGCAAAGCCCACGAGACUGUGAUCUCCAACUGCUCCGAUGGAAAGCUGUGCACCAGUUACAACCGAGGGCUCAUCUCAAAGGCAAAAAUCAAGGCCAUCAAGUAUAGCAUUGUCAUCAUUCUUGCCUUCAUCUGCUGUUGGAGUCCAUACUUCCUCUUCGACAUGUUGGACAAUUUCAGUCUCCUUCCAGACACCGAGGAGCGCUUCUACGCCUCUGUGAUCAUUCAGAACCUGCCGGCUUUGAAUAGUGCCAUCAACCCACUUAUCUAUUGUGUCUUCAGCAGCUCCAUCUGUUUUCCCUAUGGGCAGCAAACAUCACGGGAUUCCAGAAUGACGUUCCGGGAGAGAACCAUGCAGGUUCUAUCCAAGCCAGAAUUUAUCUAGACUCUGGGACAGUAGUAUGGCUAGUCUGAGCCCCAUCAGCAGUGCUGGGUCUGUCUCCACCUUGGGCACGUGCAUGGAACUUCUCCAUUCUGCUCCUUUGCACAAAGCAAACAUCCCAAUGAGUGUGUAUCUCCUACGUCAGCAACUAUUGGCUAAUGUGAAGUCACCAACUGUUCAUGUCAGCCAGGAAAGAUGCUCCCUCCUCCCCAUGACUCCCAGCCCUCCUUCCCACUGGUCAGCACCAGAACCCAAUGAACAGAGACAUCUCUGGCCCAGGAUCAAGCUUGGGCAAGCAGAGGGGACUAAAGAAGCAUACUUGUGCUACGAGAGUCUUCUAAUUACAACUUCGGAUGUAAAUAAAAGAAUUGUUAAAGCUUA